GAGACUCAGCAACAGCAGCAAGACAACGUUUUUUACUGGACAACCCAUGACAACACGUCUGCAAGCCAAAGAGAGCAGAUUCAGACACUGUAUUUCCGGUUCGGUUUUCUGAGAUACUGUGUGUUUAUUUAUCACCCGAACUUGGCAGCCAGCGUUUCUGGAGAACGGCCGCUCCAUCUGGGAUGUGUGUACGAAGGUCCCUGGGAUUCAAACGUGACUGAAGGCGACGGGAAAACCAGAGAAUUAUAGGGCGAUAGAUACACAACAGCAGAUACGGAAUCUCCCUCGCCCUCUGAUGAGCCAGGAGACUUCGGCAGUGGAUGGUAAAAUAUCUUUGUUUUCCGAGAGAACAUGAAUUUCAUCAAAAUAAUUGCGUAUGUUGCCAUCAGGAGAUGAGACCUGUCACCGCCUCAGCAGCUGUUCCGUGUCGGCGCUUAGCAACACCUGCCUCUUCACUUCUUUUAGUGAGAAUUUCACUUAAUUAUCACCAUCUCUGAGCUCUGAGACACUGCACAAGCCAAUCAGAGAGAGGCAAAGAGACUGCUGUCCUAUCGGAUUGCUCAGCGUGUGGUGCAGGUGGACACUCAGAGCCAAUGGCAGCGCACAACAGGACACACUGGACUGAGAGUGCGCUGGACAUCCAGGGUCCUACACAAUCAGGUGUGCUCCAGACAGGUGUGGGGUAUCCAGGUGAGGCGUACACAGGUGUGCCUGACACAGGUGCGGCGUACACAGGCGUUGAGCCCAUGGGCUACAUCCUGACUGUGGGCUCCAUGUUGAUCAUCAGCACUAACCUGCUGGUGGGCGUGGCCCUGCUGCAGCUGGUGCGUAAGAAGGGGGGCCAGAGCUGGGGCCUGGUGCUGAACCUGGCGCUGGCGGACGCCCUGGUGGGCGUGUCCAUCGUGGGCAUCGCCUCGGGCGUCAUCAACGCCAGCGCGUCCCCGCCCAGCCAAGCCCGCUGCCUGCUCCGCAUGGCUUUCCUCACCUCCACCUCCGCCGCCUCCAUCCUCUCCAUGUUCCUCAUCUCCCUGGACCGCUACGUGGCCAUCAAGCUCCCGCUGCAGUACGCCCGCCUGGCCGGGGCCCGCGUGACCGCCGGGGCCCUGGCCGCGCUGUGGCUCCUGGCCUUCGCCGUGGGCUUCCUGCCGGGCGCGGUGGAGGGCAUGAGGGCCAGCGGGUACGACGGCAGCUGCACCUUCUUCUCCGUGGUGGAGCCCACCGCCAUCAUCCUGGUCUUCUGCACCGGCUUCUACCCCGUGCUCUCCGUCUUCAUCUACUUCUACCUGGACAUCCUGCGGAUCGCCUGCGCCCACCAGCGCCAGAUCGGCUCGCGCCUGCCCCGCCCCGGCCGCCACGGCGGGCACGUGAAGGCCCUGCGGACCGUGGCCCUGCUGGUGGGCUGCUUCACGCUCUCCUGGAGCCCCUUCUUCAUCGCCAGCACGGUGCAGGUCCUGUGCCGGGCCUGUGAGCUGCACCAGCUCAUCCAGCAGGACCUGUGGCUGCUGGGGCUGUCCAACUCGCUGCUCAACCCGCUGGUGUACGCCUGCUGGCAGCGGGAGGUCCGGCUCGAGCUCUGCGCCCUCCUCAGCAGCGUGAAGAGCCGGCUGGCGCCUGCAGUGCCCCCGGCCGCCCACAGGGGGCGCCACGCCGACCCCACGGGGAGGACUCAGACUCCGGCCCUCUCUGAGUCUCGCUCAGCCUCAGCGCCCGAGCUCAGAGCCGCACAGCCUCAGACCGACGCGCCCGCGGUCUCCUCCGCGACGCUAUGA